AUGGAAAACAGCCAUGUCACCCAGAUGUCUGAGCAGCGCAGUGAUGUGCUGAACUCCCCCUCCUCACAGCCAUCCUCUCAUUAUGUACCUGUCAAGCUGGAAGAGUAUGAAAGCUCAGGCUUCAGUGUGAAGAAGCUCCUCAGGAAGGCCAAGGAGAAUUGCAAGUGUGACCAGCAGAGUAUCACCAGCUUCUUUCGCAAGCUCUUUCCGGUAGUGCAGUGGCUUCCCCAUUACAAUGUCAAGGAGCAACUGCUUGGCGACGUUAUCUCUGGCUUACUGGUGGGAAUAGUCGCCAUCCCACAGUCCAUCUCUUACGCCAUCCUAGCUAACCAGGCUCCCGUUUAUGGACUCUACACCAACUUCUUCUGUACUAUUAUCUACUUCAUGAUGGCAACCUCACAUCACAAUUGUGUUGGUUCUUUUGGAGUUCUGUGCCUGAUGAUCGGGGAAUCAGUAAACCGGCAGCUGAAGUUAGCUGGAUACGAGUCAGAGACGGGGGCUGACUUACUGGCAAACGCCACAUUGAAUGGGUCAGUGACCUGCAACAAAGAGUGUUAUGCCAUCACCGUGGCAACGGCUCUAACGUUUCUGGUUGGGCUUUACCAGAUACUUCUGGGGGUUUUCCAGCUGGGCUUCCUAUCCGUAUACCUCUCGGAACCACUCCUGAGUGGCUUUGUGACUGGGUCCUCUCUUACCAUCCUCACUUCCCAAAUGAAUCUCUUACUGGGAGUGAAAAUCCCUCGCCAUGAUGGAGUGGGGUCUCUUAUUUUGACAUGGGUGGACAUCUUCAGAUACAUUGACAAGACCAACAUCUGUGACCUAGUCACCAGUUUGAUUGCUUUGGUCCUCAUAGUACCAGUAAAGGAGAUCAACAACUACUUUAGGGAUAAAAUGAAGGCUCCAUUUCCCAUAGAACUCCUGGUGGUCAUUGCAGCUACUCUGCUGUCCCAUUUCUUUAACUUCAAUGCCAGAUACAAAUCUAAGAUCUGUGGUACUAUCCCCACUGGUUUCAUGCAACCUGCUGCUCCAGAUCUGAACCUUUUGUCAAGUUUGGCACUUGAUGCUCUGCCCAUUGCUAUAAUUGGCUUUGCAAUGACUGUCUCACUUGCAGAAAUAUUUGGCAGGAAGCAUGGCUACACGGUCCGGGCCAACCAGGAGAUGAUUGCCAUUGGCAUGGGAAAUUUGGUUCCAUCUUUCUUUUACUGCUUUGCUUCUUGUGCUGCCUUGACAAAGACCUUGCUGAAGGAAUCCACAGGAUGUCAUACCCAGAUAUCAAGCUUGGUAUCUUCAGCUGUUUUGCUCUUGGUGUUGUUGUGGAUUGCUCCACUCUUCUAUUCACUGCAAACCUGUAUAUUGGGGGUAGUUACCAUUGUUAACCUCAGGGGGGCCUUGCGGAAGUUUGCCGACACUCCCAAGAUGUGGCGGAUCAGUAAGAUGGACACUGUGGUCUGGUGGGUCACCAUGCUGUCCUCAUCACUGAUCUCUACAGAGCUGGGCCUUUUGGUUGGGGUCUGCUUUGCUCUCCUCUGCAUAAUCUUCCGCACCCAGAGGCCCCGAGCGACCCUUCUAGGGAAGGUAAAUGAUUCAGAUAUCUAUGAGGACCAGUUCACUUACAAGAAAAUCAGCAGUAUUGAGAACAUUAAGAUCUUCCGCUUUGAUACCUCACUUUACUAUGCAAACAAGGACUAUUUCAAAACCUCACUCUUCGAAAGAACAGGAGUCAAUCCUUCCCUAGUUGCUGCCAUACAGAAAAAAUCUGAAGCAAAAGCAAAGGUCACCAAGAGAAGAGCCACCAAGACUUCGGCAGAGGUUUGUUGCCCACCUGUAGACAUGCAUACCUUAAUAAUCGACUGUGGUGCAAUGCAAUUUCUGGAUAGUGUGGGCCUAGGUGUGCUGAAGGAGACCCGCCAGGAUUACAAGAACAUUGGUGUCCAGGUCCUUUUGGCCAAUUGCAACCCGUCUAUCCGACACCUACUCCAGGUAGGUGGCUGGCUCACUGGGAUGGAAGAUUCAGAGCUGCUGUCCUUCCACAGUAUACAUGCCGCGGUGCAGUUUGCCGAGAAACAGUCCCAAGCUCAACCGAUGGAGAGUGAGAUGACAAAGGGUGCUUUUCUCAGCCCAGAAGCCACAGAUCUCUCAGUAGAAUCUAGUCUGGGUGGAGCACUGUAG